AUGCAAGGAAACGACAGAAGGGGCCAGGGAGGCCGAGGGGGCCAGAACCCAGGCGCACGGGCGCCUCCUCUUGAGGACCAGGCCUCUCCACAGAGCGCAGACACGAGAGGCGCCAUCCCCUUCCCACGACCGAGGGGGCCAGGGGGAGCCGGCCUCCCCCAGGUUCCAGAAGAGGCUGCCUCCCUUCUCCCUGAUUCACACCCAGGUGGAGGCCGGGAAGGGGAGGAGAAGAAGUGGGGAGCAGUGUCCCCCACCUCCGCGGGGCAGUCUGGAGGUCCUCUCCUGGCGCCCCCCAGCUCCCCGCCUGGUGCCCAGUGCGGCCAGCCCCUCCACACGCUGGGACCCCGGGGGCCCCGUGGCUGGGCCCGGCUGCUCCCCACUGGCUUCGCUGGGGAGGGAGGCGCCCGGCCCCCCCUCCACCGCCCGCUGCCGCGCGGCAUCGCCCAGCGUGGCCGUUGGGCCCCGGGGCACCGGAAGCCCCAGCCUGACCUGGUGCCCCUGAGGCCGGGCGCGAGGGGCCCCGGGGGCCGUUGGAAGGCGUUGGCCCCUCCUGCCAGCGCCCCUCAUUCCCAUGGUGUCUGCUCGGAGGGCGAGGCUGGCCUUCCUGAGGGACACCCGCCAUCCCAGACCCCGAAACCUUAG